UGUUCUUAAAACUUAACAAUCACUUGCCCCUCUUUCUAUAUCACCUCAUCAUCUUUAGCUCUCUUUCUCUCUCGUUCUCUCGGUUCAUCUUUUGAUAGUUCUGCUGGUUCUGACUGUAAUUAGAUUUAGAUAUUGGUAGGUUAUUGUAGAGGGAGAGAUCAGUAAUAGAAGAAAGAUGAGUUGGUGUGAUGAUUCAGAUGAUAACUACGAUCCCAAUCUUGAAAGAGCAUCCAACAUUGAUCAUCCAUCAAUUCAACUCAAAAACCAAUCUCAAUCAUGUGUCACGAGCGCUCCAGAUUCCAAGAUUAUCGUUGAUGCUCCCAUCGUCAUGACUUGUUCUUCUUGUGGACAAAAGAUCCAUCAACAAGACGAACAGGUUGGCAGCAUCAAAGAUUUACCAAGCUUACCGGCAGGAGUCAAGUUCGACCCGUCGGAUAAAGAGAUCCUUAUGCAUUUGGAGGCGAAGGUCUCAUCCGAUAAAAGAAAACUUCAUCCGUUGAUCGAUGAAUUUAUACCUACGCUUGAAGGGGAGAAUGGAAUUUGUUAUACGCAUCCUGAGAAACUUCCUGGAGUAAGCAAAGACGGUCAAGUACGGCACUUCUUCCACCGGCCAUCUAAGGCUUACACUACCGGAACACGAAAACGUAGAAAAGUGAGCACAGAUGAGGAAGGCCACGAGACACGGUGGCACAAAACGGGCAAGACCCGACCCAUUUUUUCCCAAGCAGGAGUAGACGGUUUCAAGAAAAUCCUAGUGCUCUACACGAACUAUGGUCGCCAGAAGAAGCCCGAGAAGACCAAUUGGGUGAUGCAUCAGUAUCACUUAGGCCACAGCGAGGAUGAAAAAGACGGUGAACCAGUUCUCUCUAAAGUCUUUUACCAAACACAACCUAGGCAAUGCGGUGGUUCGACCGAACCUAAACCGAAGAGUCGGGUAAACCUAAACCGAUUUAGUUAUGAAAAUCAUGCCGGUUUUGGGUAUGAGCAUGAAGGAAAAAAUGAAGAGAACACGCAGGUACUUUGUGGAGUGAAGAAGGGGAAACGAAUGAUGUGAAAGAGUGAGCACAUACUCUGUGUGUAGGUGUUGGGUAUCUAUCGUAGUAAGUUAUCUUAAAGUGUUGGUGAGAUCUUAGGUUUAACUUCUUUUUUGGGGAUAAAAUUGGGGAAGUAACUUUAACCUCAACACAUAUUACUAAUGAUCCUUGUUCUUAUAUUUUUGUUUUGCCUGAAUAGAUUCUGUCGAAAAUACUGUAAUAGAUCUUCUUUUCAUAUUAUUGAAACAAAAUUAAGAUAAUAAUAAAAUGAAAUUUCUUAUUU